AUGGCUAAUCAACUGCCCAUCACCACCAUCGUGCCCUUUGGCAACCUCCAAAAACUGCCUGCCUGCGCGGCUGCCUGCAUCCAUCUCUACGAUGCCAAUGGCGCAUGUGUGCCCCCGGCCGUGCCCUCCAACAAUCCCAGCGCAUACACGUCAUGCUUCUGCUUCGACCCUCGACUCACGGCCUUUUCGACGACAACCGGCGGCGUUUGCGACACUGCCUGCACCGCGAACCCCAGCGGCCUGUCAUCCAUCACCAGCUGGUACCACAGCAUGUGUAACGUCCAGAAAGGAGCAGCGCCCUCGACGACUUCCUCCACAGCAAGCACGUCGACCAACGCAAUCCCCAUUCAAUCACAUGCGUCCAGCGGCGAUUGGAUCUCUAACCACUGGCAAUGGGUGAUAUUCAUAGUCGUUCUCGUCGUUGGCAUCGCCGGCAUCUGGAUCGGCGCAUGCAUCUGGCGCCGUCGCUACAUCCGCAAGCGCGAUCUCCGAAAACAAGCUGGCAUCACCGACUCCUGGGGCUCCGGGGCCCCUGCGACCGACGGCGCCGCUGGUGGCAUUCCUAUGACUACGAGCGCGACGCCCGCCCUGCCUACUUUCACGUCAACAUCCGAGAAACGCAACACGACGACCAAGCUGUGGCCAUUCAGCAGCAAUCGAUCAUGA